GAGGAUGAGGAUGAUACUUCAUAAAUAUAUAUAUAUAUAUAUAUCAUGCAUAAUAUAUUUAUGUAUAUCAUGUUUAACAUACUUAUCCCUUAGCUGACAUGCAUUCAUGACAUGUAGUAUGUAGCAUGUUACAUAAGGUUCUACAUGGCUUGUUGACAGAUGAGGGGAUCGGUUGGUUGCUGAAAGACAGCAGUAGGUAAAGGUUCAGACACUCAGACCACAUCUGCAGCACACACAAGGGUUCUUUUCACAGCCCUUUCCAUCAGAAGAGGACCAUUGGUGGGUUUGACCUCUAAAAGACCAGCGUUGAAAUCGUAUCCUUCACUGAACUGAGAAAUACGCUACAAAACAUUACCCACACCACAAUUUAGGCCCUCCUCCAGCUCAUCCUCUACAGUCUACAUGGUUCACGCCACGCUGAGAGAAACUGAUAUGUCCGGGUUAAUAUUUAUCAAGAGUUUAAGAAUGUCAUGAGACAGGUUUAUCCUCUCCUAUGUGUGUGCGUGUGUGUAUGUGUUGUGUGUGUGUGUGUGUGUGUGUGUGUGUGUGUGUGUGUGUGUUUGUGGUGGUUGCGGCAUAAAAGAGCAACAAGAUAUGUAAAUGGCUGUGUAUUUUGUGUGUGUGUCUGCAUGAUCAUGAGCAUGAGCAGGUGAACAGGAUGUUUGUGCAGGAUAGUCAGAGACACACUAAGAAUUGUAUUGUUUGGCAGAGACAAGGCACACAAUUGUUGGUGUUGGUAGGUGCAUUGAAGAAUCUACAAAACGAAUCCAUUUUUCUUUUAUUAAAUAGUUAUUUCCAAUAAAGGUUGGAAUUUGCCAUUCUCUGAAUAGCCUCAUCUUCAAAGCACUCAUUUCAAUCACUUUACAUUAAUUAUGAAAAAAUAGGGCUACGCCUAUGGAACAACUCUAUUAAAGCAAUAACACAACUAUACACAAGCCAACUCUUUGGCAUCAUUUGCUCUUAAAAUAAGCUGUUUGUGCAUUGCUAUUAUUAGGCAACUUUGAGGAAACAACACGGUCUUUGUUGACGUCAGUCAGUAUUGUGCUGUAAUUGUGCCACAGAGUUUCAGCCAUUAAGGUUAGCCUUGCACUCACUGCACUUUUCCCAGCGCUGCUCUUCCAUGGAACCGAGAUAGGCCAGCGUUCGACAGCUUCAUCUCCUAAUCAAUGAAGUCGAUGGGGACUUUCUCAUUUUUAGACAGGCUAAUCUAGUUGUUGCCACAGUUGUUCCCAAGGAAACGGUAACGCUUGGUUAAAAUCGAAAGUUAGACAAAGGCUGCAGUAAAUGUUAUUAAGGUGCAAAGCCAGGUCGCUCGGUCCGCUAAGAGGGCUGCAUUUCCUCUUCUUGGUCGAACACGCUUCUUUUUUUCUUUUGACGUCAAAAGGUUUUCUGAGCAUCGCAUUGAUGUCGUUUAUUCACAAUACCUUUUUUUGUUUCUUCUGUUUUCCCUUGUUUCUGAAAUAUGUGAACGCUCUUAUUUCUAUACACAGCCUGGUUGCAUAAACGAGAAAAAACAUAUCGACACAUAGGCCUACAAAAUACCCAAAAGCAAAUAGUCAUCGUGCCUGAAUAUUAAUUAUUGUUCUUUAAGUAAUGAAGGCGUUGCCCUUUGGCAUUCAGGGCAAUAUAGAAUAAAUUAACAAAAUACCUCCCGCUCAUAAUUGAACAUAUUUUAAACCUAAUGCUAGCAUUGUCCACCCCUGAAAUCCAACAAUGCAGGUAGCCUACUUGAAGGAGACAAUCUAAUGAGGUCCAUAUGGUAUUGGACUGGUCAGCUGCUUCCCGCUCCACGGGGAAAGUCUAUAAAAACCAUCGCUCGGCUCAGUCAGGAGGCUAUCUGAGAGCGCGCCGACAGCACGCGCAUUGGGUUAUCGCAGGCGGAGGAGUGACACCUGUUACAGAGGGAGCCGGGAGAGCAGAAAGUCAGCCUUUAUACGUCAUCACAGACGCCACCUCCUCCUCUGUCCCUCCUCCCCCUUGCCCAGCCUCCCUCCCCCCACCCACGCCUCCCUCUUCACCUCCGCCAGGUGGGACCAGGCGGGACCAGGCGGGACCAUGUGGAUGCUGGACAAGAUCCGCGGCUCGGUGGAGACGGGCGUGCUGCGGCAGGGCGAGAACGGGGACAAGAAGGGCGCCGCCCUGGGCUACAGCAACGUCCUCACCCCCGACAAGAUCCCCGACUUCUUCAUCCCCCCCAAGCUGGUCAACAACCCCCCCGAGCCCGAGGUCCCAGAGCCCAAGCCCAAGGAGAGCCUGCGGCCGUCGGCGUCGGAGAACGCCAUCGGGGGUGGGGGCGGCGGCGGCGGUAAGAAGAUCAGCAGCCCCCGCAGCCCCCGGCUGGUGGCCAGGCUGGCGGGGGACACCAAGAACCUCCUGCGUCACGCCGCCAACCGCCACAUCAUCCAGAUCGAGAGCGCCGACGACGUGGUGGCCGGCGACACCAACGCCGACCCCCAGUCGCAGACCGCCAUGUCCCUGCCGUACGUGCCCAAGACGCAGACCUCCUACGGCUUCGCCACGCUCAAGGAGAGCCCGCACACCCGCCGCAAGGAGUCGCUGUUCCACUGCGACCCGCCCAGCCCCGCCACCUCCCCCGGCGCCCAGAGGAAGGGCGGGGGGAGGGGCGGCGAGGCGGGGGCCACCUCCUCCUCCGCCGCCACCGCCAACCACCUGAACCCGGCCGACUUCAACUCCUCCCACAUGAACCCCUACCGCUACUUCAGCGGCGGCGAGAGCGACACCUGCUCCUCGGCCGAGUCCUCGCCCUUCAACUCCCCGCUGCUGUCGCGCUCGGCCUCGCUGCUCAAGAUCUUCACCCACGAGACGCAGGCCAAGGUGGUGAAGGCCAAGCGCACCUUCGCCCGCCACAGCUCCCUCUCCACGGACGAGGGCAGCUCGGCCGAGCCCAGCCCCAACGCCCAGCGCCGGCUCCACGGCGCGGACCCGGGGGGCCCGCGCGAGCACACGGUCAACCUGCACAAGGGCGGCACGGUGCGCGUCAGCGCCAACUACGACGCCGGCACGUCGCGGCUGCGCGUGCGCGUGCUGGCGGCGGAGAGCCUGUACGACAAGGCGGUGGACAUCAAGAGCAUCCACUGCUGCGUGUCCGUGUACCUGAACCCGGGCAAGCAGCAGAAGCAGCGCAGCAACAUCAUCAAGAACAGCCGCAACCCCGCCUUCAACGAGGACUUCUUCUUCGACGCCGUCACGCCCGCGCAGGUGAAGAGCCUGGCGCUGAAGAUCAAGGUGGUGAACAAGGGCACCAGCCUGAAGAGAGACACCCUGCUGGGGGAGAGGGAGGUGGCCCUCAGCAAGCUGGUCUCGGGGACCUAGGUGGGUGUGGAGGAGG